UGUGCUGUGUUUCAGGUGGUGAAGACGGUGGGUCUGAGGGAGGUGUGGUUCUUCGGGCUGCAGUACACCGACAGUAAAGGCUACAUCACGUGGCUCAAGCUCAACAAGAAGGUGACGCAGCAGGACGUGAAGAAGGAGAAUCCUCUGCAGUUCAAGUUCAGAGCAAAGUUUUUCCCGGAGGAUGUUUCUGAGGAGCUCAUCCAGGAGAUCACACAGAAACUAUUCUUCCUGCAGGUGAAGGAGGCCAUCCUGAACGAUGAGAACUACUGUCCUCCAGAGACCGCCGUGCUCGUGGCUUCCUACGCCGUCCAGGCGAAGUACGGAGAUUUCAACAAAGACCUUCACAAGCCGGGCUACCUGGCCUCCGACCGGCUACUGCCACAAAGAGUUCUGGAGCAACACAAGCUGACAAAGGAACAAUGGGAGGACAGAAUACAGAGCUGGCAUGAGGAACACAGAAGCCUGCUCAGGGAGGAUGCAAUGAUGGAGUAUCUGAAGAUAGCUCAGGAUUUGGAGAUGUACGGUGUAAACUACUUUGAAAUAAAAAACAAGAAGGGCACAGAGCUUUGGCUGGGGGUCGACGCGCUGGGACUCAACAUCUACGAGCACGAAGACAAGUUGUCCCCAAAGAUCGGCUUCCCCUGGAGUGAGAUCAGAAACAUUUCCUUCAACGACAAGAAGUUUGUCAUCAAGCCCAUCGACAAGAAAGCCCCAGAUUUUGUAUUCUACGCCCCUCGGUUGCGGAUCAAUAAGCGCAUCCUGGCGUUGUGCAUGGGAAACCACGAGCUGUACAUGAGGAGAAGGAAGCCCGACACCAUCGAGGUGCAGCAGAUGAAGGCCCAGGCCCGGGAGGAGAAGCACCACAAACAGAUGGAGAGAGCUCAGCUGGAGAACGAGAAGAAGAAACGAGAACACGCGGAGAAGGAGAAGGAUCGGAUAGAGAGAGAGAAGGACGUGCUGCUCGAGAGGCUGAGGCAGAUCGAAGGGCAGACGCAGAGAGCUCAGAAAGAGCUUGAGGAGCAAACGCGCCGGGCGCUGGAUCUGGAGCAGGAGAGGAAGAAAGCGAAGGAGGAGGCGGAGCGGCUGGAGAGAGAGAGGCAGGCGGCCGAGGAGGCCAAGGCAGCGCUGGCUCAGCAGGCUGUAGACCAGAUGAAGAACCAGGAGCAACUGGCUGCUGAGUUAGCGGAGUUCACUGCCAAAAUCGCUCUGCUCGAGGAAGCCAAGAGGAAAAAGGAAGAUGAAGCAACAGAAUGGCAACACAAAGCGUUGUCAGCACAGGACGACCUGGAGAAGACCAGAGAGGAGCUGAAGUCGGCCAUGACGUCUCCUCCGGCGCCAGAAAACGAGGAGGAGGACGAGGCGAGCGCCGAGGCGAGCGCCGAGCUCCUCAGCGAGGGCGUGAUCCACCACAGCGAAGUGGAGCGCGUCACUGAGGCGCAGAAGAACGAGCGCGUCAAGAAACAACUGCAGGUUCUGAGUUCAGAGUUGGCCGAGGCCCGCGAUGACACCAAGAAGACUCAGAACGACAUGCUGCACGCUGAGAACGUCCGGGCGGGAAGAGACAAAUACAAAACCCUGCGCCAGAUCCGCCAGGGCAACACAAAGCAGCGCAUCGAUGAGUUUGAGUCCAUGUGAGCCGUGGAAGAAGGGUGGACACCACGAUGAAAAUAGACCGUUUAGUCUGCCAUGUCAACGCCUCACACAAACCUGCUGCCUCCCCAGGAACUCCUGAUCUUAUUUUUCUAUCCAGGAGAAAGACCGGCUGACGGGCUUUGUAGCUACGCCAAAGCUCUGCCUAGCAGUGGUUGGCCAAUCACACUGCUUCCUGCUUUUUAGAGCUCCGCCCCCAUCCCCCCCAACAAAGCACACGUCUUUUAAUCUGUCGGGAAAAUAGCAACUAACAUAUCCUGGCAUGAACCUGGACUUCUCCCCCCUUUUACAGUACUGACAGUUUUAAAGCUUGCAUGUAUGAUAGUUAAACGACAGGACCUUUAGACACAACCGGAGGAUUGGUUGAUGUCGUGCUUUGACUCAACAAAAUGAAAAGGCCAUUUGUAGCUCGUCGAUGUUACCGGCACGGUUUUCCGUAACGCUUUAAUAUCUGUACCUUCCUUUUAUGUCAACAAUUUAAAUCAUUUGUUUAAAAAAGAAAACCUGCCUUAUCGUCUCAUUUCCUUUCAGUCUGGGUUACUUUUUGUUGUGUUAGGAAAGUCAGACAUUUAGUUAUCAUUGUUCUGUUAAUAUUAUAUCAGCUAAUUUAUUUCUUCUUCUUGAAUGGUUGUCAGUUUACAAAUGCUCACUCUGAUGAGAAAACUAGAUUUGCUUAUUUUACACUGCAUUCAGUUAGACAUUUGUUCAAAUAUAUAUGUUGCCCCACAAUAAAGAAUGAAUUUAUAUUUCUAACUUUGAAUCCACAGUAUGAUGAUGAGUCCGGACUGAGGUAGAUUAGGAUUCAUUCAUAGAAGAUUUUGUGUCAGAUAUAAAUGUUCGUAACCUGA